AUGGCAGACUCGAAGAUGGAGAUAUACACCGACGAAUACCUCUCAAAUCUAAAUAACACCACUGAUCUAGCAGAGCUUGUAACAGAAUUACACGCGCGCCUCAUCCCCGACAAUCACCGACUAACACACGGCGAAUUCUGCGCGUUCCGCGGAGCUCUUAUACGGAAUCCGAUCAUCGCAGCAGCCGCAGAUCUAGACGAAGACUACCCCGGACUCUUCCAAAAGGUCCAAUAUUUCCUCAACGACCCUCUAUCGAGGGACUGUUUACGUCGCGCAGCAGGAUCGUUUCCCGACCACAAGACCGUGCUAGAAAGCGCCAGUACUCUCAGCAGCGACAUUGAAUACAAGAAAGAUGACCCGAACACAGGAACCGAGCCGGAUCUAGUGACUGGCGCUAUUCUCGCUAAUUGUGAGUACUGCUUGACCUGGCUGUACGAAUUAGAUGUUAUCAAGCCGGGACAUGUGGGGUAUAAUGAGCAUGGCUGGUCGCUUCUCGGCCUUGCUGUUAGAGCAGACGCGAAGAAGGUGAUAGAGCUCUUGAUCAAGCACUCAGGUGAUGAACCGGGUCCUCUCCAACCGUACAGAAUACGAUCCGAUGGGAAGGAAGAGUGUUCGAUACUGCAAUAUGGGACGUGGGCGCAGUUCCAUCGCACUGGGUAUCAGGAUGAUACUUGCCUUUGGGCGCUGCUAGAAUGGUGUGAUUCUUUUAUGGAAGAGGGCGAUUCGCGGAUCAAGGCACAGCUAGACCCACAGGCUCAACACAGAAUUUGUCACUUAGGCUCAGUUCGAGUUGCGAAUUUAUUAAAGUCUUUCGAUGUCGAUUUAGCAGAGACGGCUUUGGGUCCGCAGGGACAGGGGAUAUGGCAUGCUGCGAUGAUUCAUGAGAAUGUUGUGUUCUUGACAUGGUUGAAUACAGUUUAUCACGCCGGUAUCAAUAAAGCCGAUAAUCAUAAUAGGACUCCUUUAGUAUACGCGAUCCAGCGGGGGAAACUGCAAGCUGUGCAGUGGCUUCUUGAAGCAUUACGUCCGAGUGAGAUUCUUGUCUCGAAAGGCGAUGCUGGACAAUCUCUACCUUCGGCAAUAGAUACCGCGAUUAAGAGUUGGGGUGAUCAUUGUGUUGUUAUUUUGAGAUGUCUCUAUACACACUCUGCUCAUGACGACUUCUCGAGCGAUGCAAAUACUAUCAUAGAGCACAUAAACCUGCUGAUAACCAGUUCCGUGGCGGCAAAGCGCAGAAUUGAUACUAGAUUUCAAAACGGUGGGCUCACGCAAGGACAGCGUCGAAAUCUUUGGAAGGAGAUUCGUGAACGGGCUGGAGGGAAGUGUCAGAUUCUUCUUGAGAGGGCCCCGUCUAUUAUUUUCUAUAAUGUGGCUUUUCGGAAAUCCAUCGAGAAGGCCAAGGAAAGCGGGGUGGGAUUUCUUCGGUAUUAUUUAACCAACACUGAAACAACAAAGAGAGGUCUUCGUUCUGGCGGAAGUUUAUUAUUGCCUUGA